CUCAACCUCAACCGCAGGAUGACCAUGCGCCAUGGCCUGUACGUCAUCGGGGCGCUUCCGACGCACGGCGGGCUCUGGACGUCCGAGGAGGUCGACCUCGUCAAGUUCCUCAUCGACAUCUUCACGCGCGGCUUGCUGCAGAACGUGCCCGAAGGCACCAAGCUCGGCGCGUGGCUUCCGUGCGUCAUGAACUGCACCAAGCGCCGCCUCUUGCGCAAGGCGAUCGCCGACCGCCAAACGCUCAGCCUGGUGUACGCUUUCAAGCCCACGGCGGACGUCAACUUUGCGGCCCUCACUGCGACGCUCGAGAAGCUCGUGGCCGACUUUUUAGCGACCGCACCGUUGCACCGCCAGCGCGGCGCCAAGAAGGUCCGUCGGUGCAUCAUGGCGGACGAGCACGCAUCGCCGUCCAUGAAGCUACGCGCGUGCUCGCCGCCCGCGACGAUGCAAGACACGUGGGUUGCACGAGAGAGUGUCUCUGCUUCGUACGACGCCAUGCCACCAGCGGUCGCCAAGAACGACCAUCAGCCCAAGGCCAGCCCAUUCGAGCUUCCGAGCUGGUGCAGCAUCGAUCUGGACCACUUUGCGUCGCUGGACGACGACGUGGCGGCUGAGAAAAGCCUCGUUCUCGAGCUCGACGCGUGGGCCGCCGAAGCCGUGCAGUGGAUCAACGUCGAUGCCAGCACGCUCCUGCUCGACACCAUUGCCUCCACCUAGUCAUCUCGUUCGUUUGUCUGUUAUAAUGUGCUGUGCAUGUCUUGCCCA